AGCUAAGCUAUAUACUAUCCGAUAUACAAUCUUGUAUAGGUCUGUGUUAGUAUCUGUGUAAGCAUAUACGGCAAGGAUAGUCUGAGAGGACUAACUUACACACACACACACACGCACACCCGCACUUAGCCACGUGUACGUGUACAUAUACACGUUUCACUGCCAUCAUGGCGAAGUAUGAUCUGACCUCCACUAUCGCCGAGUAUCUCGAUCGGCACAUGGUGUUUCCCUUGCUUAAGUUCUUAGUUCUGAAGGAGUUAUAUCCUGCUGAAGAAAUCCUUACUGUCAAGCUAGACUUACUUGAAAAGACUUGCAUGGUGGAUUACGCAGCCGACAUAUACAAGGGAUUGCACGGUUUAAAUGAAGGCGAUGCCGCACCCGAGUCAUUCUCUGAACGCAGAGAACAAGUACUUACUAAGUUGGCUGAGCUACAGCAAAGUACAGCGCCUCUCACACAGGCCUUGGAGCAAGACUGGGUGCUCCAGGAGCUGAGACAGGACAAACGUUUUAACCAGGAGUACCUGACAAAUACCGUCAAAGUCGAUAUGGCGUGUCUGGAUAAGCUGUACGAGUUCGCCAAGUUCCAGUUUGAUAUUGGAAAUUACUCGGUUACGGCAGAGUACCUAACCAACUUCCGUGUAUUGUCUUUGGACGCGGAUAAGUGUCACGGCGCACUAUGGGGCAAAUUCGCCUCAGAGAUUCUCAUGCACAACUGGGACACCGCAAUGGAAGACCUAAACAGGCUCAAGGAGUCAUUAGACGAGAAUAAGAGUGGGUCGGCUCUCGAGCAACUGCAGCAGCGCACGUGGUUGUUGCACUGGAGUCUGUUCGUGUUCUUCAACCACGAGAAGGGACGUGAUGGCAUCAUCGAGAUGUUCUUCCAGCCUCAGUAUAUCAACACCAUCCAGACCACUUGCCCACACAUUCUGCGAUACCUGACCGCCGCAGUCAUCUGCAACACGAGACGGAACUAUGUCGUCAAGGAGCUUGUAAAGGCCAUCCAGCGCGGAUCCAACCAAUACCGCGAUCCUAUCACAGAGUUCCUUGAGUGUCUGUACGUCAACUUCGACUUCGAAGGCGCACAGCAGAAACUGCGUGAGUGUGAAGCGGUUCUGGAGAACGACUUCUUUCUGCUCGCGUGUCGCGACGAGUUUAUUGAGAACGCGCGUAUGUUCAUCUUCGAGACGUACUGUCGUAUUCACCAGGUGAUAUCUAUCAACAGCCUAGGCGAGAAGCUCAACAUGACCACGGACGAGGCAGAGGUGUGGAUUGUAAACCUCAUCAGGAACGCGCGCUUGGAUGCGAAGAUUGACUCCAAGAUGGGUACAGUUAUUAUGGGUAGCCAAGUGCCUUCCGUAUACCACCAGGUCAUCGAGGCUACAAAGGGACUGUCGUUCCGAUCGAGUGCGAUGAUUGAGACGAUUGAGAAGAAAGCAAACUCUUCGAAGUCCAGCUCGAUGGGUGCCGACUUCUAAGCCUCUGGUCUGCGAAGAGCACUUUUAAAAUUAGAUUGUAAAUUGAAUGCAUUGUGGGCCCAGCCUCUCUGUUUGCCAUAGCUCGGGAGUCCACAGUCGCCGAACUUCGGAGACUGGAGUCGUAGUCUAUAUAUAUAGCACACGUGUUCUAUUUAUAGUAGGUCACCACGACACGCACGGGGCCUCGGUCGCCCGCACUUAUAGAUAGAAAAGAGCGCUGAACCGCACUUACACCCACCGUUUACUAUAGUACAGAACUUCGGGUCAGGUAUGAGACUCGAGAGUUUGUGCUGACUAGUAGGUAAUAAAAAUAUGGACGCACCGCCGUUUCGGCUGUUCGAAUGCAAGUGCAGUUGUGGUUGUGACUCCGUAGGGGGUGGACAAUUCCUAGCACUAUUUAGUACAAGACUAUAUAGAGUUUUAGACUGUUUUGGGUUGUUCCAAGACGUUCAUGUCCCGAGUAUUCGUAUGUUUUAUUUC